AUGCCUUGGCUGACCUUUGGAGCGACGAGAGCCACCGCAAUACUUGGCUCCAACGAUCAGGUCAAGAAGUUCGAAGAGGUGGACAAGGACGAGCUGAUUGAGAAGACACUUGACGAGGCUGUAGCGCUCAGUCUCCAGCGCGAUGCUGUCGGCGCCGGCAUCGUAUUGAUACCACAAAAUCACAUUGACAUAGGUUUUUGCCUCUAUUACAAUAUCCGCAACAGGCCUGAUCCAUCACAGGAGCGUAGAUAUGGCAUCCUUGCGAAGUGGAUAAGGUCUACCUAUCGUUUUUGGGCUUCUAUAAAAACUUUUUGUGGGUGGUGUGUAGCCGAUGUGGCUGGCUGCCACGACAGUGCGCGUGGUGGUCAGCCCGCCGAAAGGAGUUCGGCAGGCCUUUCCACCCCAGGUUACGGGCCGGGCCUAGAUCCUGGCCUUAGGGUAGUCUUUCUGCAUAGGCCGGGUGAAGGGGCAGGUGGAAAUUGGAUGAAGCUUGACGCGAUACUCUCGCCUGGUGUCGAUAUGCGUAGCUCUGCAUGGUGGAAGAAAAAGGCGGUCAAGCUCGCAAGGACUAGUAGACGUGUGCCGUGA